AUAUUCUCAGAUUUAAGGGGGGAGGUUCGGAGCAGACCGGACUCUCGUUGUAAGAGCAUUUCUCCGCCAGGACCGGGCGAAAAUACUUACUAGGAUUCACCUCCGAAACCUUACUAUCCGUAGGGACAUACGACUGAAGGACAACUCGUCCUCGGGUCUUCUGUUAGUGCGGGUUUAACAACUUCAGGUGCAGUUUCUCGGAGGUGCGGACACUCUGUGUCAUUUCGAGCGGAACGUUUUUGGGGAUAAAGGGACCUCGCCGGCUGCGCCCGAGCAGCUUCUUCGGAUUGGGUUCAGGUUAGCUCGGUGGGACACCAGAGGCUGCUCUCAAAGGAAACCAGACUCCAGGGUUAGAGAUUAUAAAUCGACUGUAUUUAGGACGUUUCUUUUCCCGCUCUGUUGAUUAUCUGGAGGCUCUCGGGACUGGGGGGCACAUACUUCUACUUCUGCCGCACAAGUUCGGCAGAAAAGAGCAAACUUGUUAGGCUGAACCAUGAUCGCUCGGAGUACGUGAGCCCCGCACGUUUACGCCUGGAUUGACGGUUUUCGGGAAGUUUUUCCUGCAGCAGAUUUCAGCCCCACGACUGUGAGCUGAGCACUGCGAAUGACCCGCUGCUGAUGCCCCAAAGGUCUGAAUGGAGUUCGAGUCACAGAGAAGCCAAAAGCUGUAGCUUCCUCAGCAGGAUGCUGAUGAGGCAAAGUUUACUUCUGUUUCUGGCUUUAUUUGCCCAAGUUUUAAGGAUCCAGUGCCGACCACCCAACACUGAUGAAGUCUUUGUGGAAACGCAAGCGGACCUGUUCACGCUCUAUCUCGGUGAUCGUCUGGAUCUGAGUUGCUCUGCCAAGGAGCAAGUCCACGCUGUCAACUGGACCAAAGACCACCUGGCCGUAGUGGAUGGAGAACACACACGCAUCCGUAACGGCCAGCUAGAGAUCGAGGCCGUGGAGCUGACUGACUCUGGUCUGUACGCAUGCACCACCUUCGGGAACCACAGCCUCCACUUCAAUGUCACAGUUGAUACCCUGGCCUCAUCUGAGGAUGAUGAUGAAGAUGAAGAGUCUUCAUCAGAGGAAGCCAAACUGUUGGGCAGUCAAAAGCUGUUGCCAAUGGCUCCACAAUGGGCACAUCCAGAAAAAAUGGAGAAAAAGCUCCAUGCUGUCCCGGCCAGUAAGACUGUGAAGUUCCGAUGCCAGGCCAGCGGCAACCCAACUCCUACUCUGAAAUGGUACAAGAAUGGAAAGGAGUUCAAGAGAGACCAUCGCAUUGGAGGCUUCAAGGUCCGUGACCAUGUGUGGACCAUCAUCAUGGAAUCUGUAGUUCCCUCUGACAAGGGAAACUAUACCUGUUUGGUGGAAAACCAGUAUGGCAGCAUCAAUCACACCUACCAGCUAGAUGUAGUCGAGCGCUCUCCCCACAGGCCAAUCCUGCAGGCUGGCCUACCAGCUAAUCGCACUGUAGCAGUGGGCAGCGACGUGGAGUUUGAGUGCAAGGUGUUCAGUGACCCUCAGCCUCACAUCCAGUGGCUGAAGCAUAUCGAGGUCAACGGGAGCCGCGUUGGUCCUGAUGGUUUACCGUAUGUCCGUAUCCUAAAGCAUUCUGGGGUCAAUAGCUCGGACGCUCAGGUGCUGACCCUCUACAAUGUGACUGAGGAGGAGAGCGGAGAGUAUAUAUGUAAAGUGUCCAAUUAUAUAGGAGAGGCCAAUCAGUCGGCCUGGCUGACUGUCACCAGAUAUGAGCCCACAGCUGUCACGAACUACCCUCCAGCCAGCCACACCUACCUGGAGGUGGUCAUCUACUGCGUGGGCUUCUUUUUCAUCGCCGUCAUGAUUGCCAUCGCCGUUAUUGUCAAGAUUCGCACCUCGUCGAAGAAGAGCGACUUCAACAGUCAGCUGGCUGUCCACAAGCUGGCCAAAAGCAUCCCGCUGCGCAGACAGGUAACAGUGUCUGUGGACUCGAGCUCCUCCAUCCACUCUGGGGUGAUGCUGGUUCGCCCCUCCCGCCUCUCUUCUAGCGGAUCUCCAAUGCUGUCAGGGGUGUCUGAGUAUGAACUGCCCCAGGAUCCCCGCUGGGAGCUUUCCCGGGGCAGACUUGUUCUUGGGAAGCCGCUGGGUGAAGGCUGCUUCGGUCAGGUGGUGAUGGCAGAGGUGCUGGGUCUCGACAAAGAGAAGCCGAACCGUGUGUCCAAGGUGGCAGUCAAAAUGUUGAAAUCUGAUGCCACAGAGAAAGACCUGUCGGACCUGAUUUCAGAGAUGGAGAUGAUGAAGAUCAUUGGGAAGCACAAGAACAUCAUUAAUCUGCUAGGAGCUUGUACACAGGAAGGUCCUCUGUAUGUGAUAGUGGAGUAUGCAUCCAAGGGAAACUUGCGAGAGUACUUGAGAGCUCGGCGCCCCCCAGGCAUGGAGUACUGCUACAACCCAGACCAGGUUCCUGUGGAGAAUAUGUCCAUCAAAGACCUGGUGUCCUGUGCUUACCAAGUGGCCCGAGGCAUGGAGUAUUUGGCCUCUAAAAAGUGCAUCCACAGAGAUCUUGCCGCUCGCAAUGUUUUGGUUACGGAGGACAGCGUGAUGAAAAUAGCGGACUUCGGCCUGGCAAGAGAUAUCCACCACAUUGAUUACUAUAAGAAGACCACUAACGGUCGUUUACCAGUCAAGUGGAUGGCUCCCGAGGCCCUGUUCGACCGGAUAUACACACACCAAAGUGAUGUCUGGUCGUUUGGGGUGCUGCUUUGGGAGAUCUUCACUCUGGGAGGCUCUCCUUAUCCCGGCGUCCCAGUGGAGGAGCUGUUCAAGCUACUGAAGGAAGGUCACCGUAUGGACAAACCCUCGACAUGCACGCACGAGCUGUAUAUGAUGAUGAGGGACUGCUGGCAUGCUGUGCCGUCUCAGAGACCAACCUUCAAACAGCUGGUAGAGGAUCUAGAUCGCUGCCUGGCCAUGACCUCCAAUCAGGAGUAUUUGGAGCUCUCAGUGCCUCUGGACCAAUAUUCCCCCAGCUACCCCGACACCCGCAGCUCCACCUGCUCCUCCGGCGAGGACUCGGUCUUCUCUCACGAUGCCGGAGCCGAUGAGCCGUGCCUGCCAAAGUUUCCUCCCCACUCCAAUGGGGUAGCCAUUAAGAAACGCUGAUAACCUCAUCUCUCCAUUCAGUAAAAGAUUGACAUUUCCUCCACUCCUUGCCUCAUGGGGUAUGACUCUUCCCCGUAUUCCCAGAGAAGAAGCUAAACAAAACACUGGUGCUCUGUGAGAAAGGAGCUUGGAGACACCUUGUAGAACUUGUUGGAUCACAUGGACUGAAGGAGUGCAGCAGUUUUCCAGUUCUUGGCGGUGACUAUGUUUAUGGGGCACUUUGUAUUAACGGGAGUGUCAAAAAAAAGACUCUCACUCUUCUCUCCACUUUGGCCAUGCCACAGAUCAGAAGAACGGGAGGACCGACUGUGAUGAUGUCAAGUUUUUAAUUGUUGUUUUUAACCCCCUCUAUGGUCGUUUCAUCAGUAGUGAAGGACGACAUUCUGCUUUUCAGACCAAAUCCAGAAAAAACAAAGGGACAUGGUUCACUGCGUCAUUCGCUCUCCUUUUGUAAAUACAGUUCGAAAAUUAUAAAUAUGAAUAUAUAUUUACACUGUACUCUUAUUUUGAAUACCAUCAUUGAUUUAUUUUCUUUUUUGUACAAGGGUGCUUUUGUUUUGAUCCAUUUUUGAAUGUGGUCAUCAGGAGGGGUAGUUACAUUAGAGUAUCUUAAAAUUGCUGAGGAUUACAUGGCCAGUUUUCGACGGAAAAAAAAAUAUGUAUUGGGUUUUCUAUUUUUUUUAACUGUAAGUGCUUUUCAUGACCCCACCUGCAAUACAGUGUAACUCAGUGUCAGGGGCUUCUCUCCAUGAAUAGAGAUGGAUUAAUGGAAAUGAAAUUAUUGUUUUUUAGUGCGACUCUGUGUGUGCGCGUGUGCGUGCGUGCACGUGUGUGUGGUCGGUCUUAUAUUUCAUUUUUUCUCAAUCAAGAUUGUUAAUUUACUUCAAGGAUGGUCACAACUGUAAAUAUUCCUGGUUGCUUUCCUGGUUCCAUGCUUGUUUAACCCCCCCCAAGUAAUUUGCUUCGGUCAACGUCAUGCACUUCCACUGUGCAUGCAUUCCAUGUGACAAACUUGUCUUUUACUGUAAAUGCUUUAACGGAAUUACAUUUGCUGCCAUAUAACUUCUGAUGAAGGGUUGCAGAACACCUUCGUCAUCGUAAAAAGAUUACAUUAAAUAAAAUGCUAUUGAAAAACAAA